AUGAGAGACAGGUUGAACACACAACACUACAUCCUAGCAAACUUCAUGGGAUAUGAGGUCCUUCACCCGUCUAUCAGUUUGACACGAAAUAGCGCUCUUAAAGUUGCUGAUGUGGCUACUGGUACAGGCAUUUGGCUUCAAAGGCUAUCUGCCGUUCUUAGCCCCCUGCCUGGGGAUCAGUCACACUACUUUCAUGGCUUCGAUAUCUCCGAUAAGCAGUUUCCAGUGGAUGGAGACAGCGCGAACAAGAUCAGCUUCUCUAUCCAUGAUGCCACAGAGAGUUUUCCUGAGGAGCAUUUGAAUACAUAUGAUCUGGUUCAUGUUAGACUGCUCGUUCUUGCGCUACCGGAGCCAGAGAUCCGGAUAGCGAUGGAAAACAUCGUCCAGCUUUUGCGUCCUGGGGGCUAUAUUCAAUGGGAAGAUGCCGACUGGUGCCAUGCAGGGGCUGAUAAGGAGGCACCUACAAUCAUCGAAAGCAUGAACAUGAUCAUCGAGUAUUCCGCCACAGCAGGAUUUUGCAUGCGUAUUUCUGAAUCUAUCAUGGACCAGGGCAAACGACUUGGGCUUGAGGUUCUGAAACAGGAUGACUAUAACAUACUUGAGAGGACGGAAAAUUACUCUGAAGCAAGAUUAUGGAUCUUUCAGCUGCUUCAAGCGUUAUUGCCAGUGACAUUUUUGCGCACUAGGCGGGCAGAAAGCGAGUCCACAGCCCGAAGUCUAACAUGUCAAACGCUUCAAAACGUCGAGUUAGAGUACACGCAUGGCGUCCUUCCCAAAUUUCAGACCUUCGCCAUUGUCGGAAAAAGGCCAACUGAUUCCUUGUGA